GUUUGUGAUGAAAUGAUCUUGAUUCAUUCAUAUAAAGUAAGGUGGAUCUGAAGGGGCGUGUCGUAUCUGGUGGUACCUUCGGCUGUUGGGAAGAAAUUAACUUAACCGAUGAUAGAAUAAAAACUUUGAUGAUGUUUGUUUUCGAAAGGAUGUAUCUGAACCGCUGCAGCCAACAAACCUUUAGGAAGUUGAGGGCGAACGCCAAGAAGAAUUAUUCGAUAUCUAGGGGUCUAGAGCUACAUGCUGACAGAAUUAUGUCCAUGGCUCAGGAGAGGGGUCACCCAUCAUUAGUCAGAACUCCUUUCUUUUCCACAGACGAAAAGGAAGAAUUCAUGGCCAUAUUUCCGGAUAUUAUCAAAGAUCUUACGAAGAAUAAUCAAUACGCAGACAUAUCAGAAGUCAAUGAAAGAAUAGGCAAAUUGUUGGAAUACAACCUUCUUAAGUGUAGAAAGACCUGGGGAUUAUGGGCUACAGUUUCUUAUAAAAUGUUUGAAAAUCCUGAAACCUUGACAGCUGCCAAUGUUAAGCUGGCUAACAUUCUAACGUGGUGCGUACAAAUGUGGCGGGGCGCUUUUACGAUAUUCGACGACUUGAUGGACAAUUCGGAGUUCAGAUACGGACAUCCUUGUUGGCACAGAAUGGAAGAUGUAGGAAUUGCGGCUGCGAAUGAUGGAUGGCUGAUGGACUCCUGUAUCUACACGUUGCUGCAUAAACACUUCGGUGACAAGAAAUGUUACAGGCAUAUCACUGACGUGUUUCGUGAUAUCACUACCAAGGCGACUAUGGGUCAAGCUUUAGACAUGAUGUGUAAGAAUCGAGACGGGACGCCACGUUUGGAAAAUUUCAACAUGGACCGAUACAAUACAAUUGCAAAAUACAAAACUGGGCCCGCCCAUACUUAUUUGCCAGUAGCUACGGGAAUGUACUUCGCGAACCGGUACGACCCUGAAGAACGUCAACAUGUUGAGAGAAUUUGUAUAGACCUGGGAAUGUUCUACCAAAAACAGAAUGACUACUUGGACUGCUUCGGUGACCAAGGGUUGGUUAAAAAGGAUUGCACUGAUAUCAAGGAAGGCAAAUGCAGCUGGGUAGCAGUCACGGCUUUAGAAAGAGCAAGUCCAGCUCAAAGAAAAAUCAUGCAGGAACACUACGGCAGAGCGGACAACAACUCUGUCCAAAUGGUGAAGGACCUUUACCUGGAACUCGACCUACCAGCCGUGUUCGCGGCCUUUGAAAAAGAAAGUUUCCAUAAGGUUUGUAGUCAAAUCGAGCAAGCGAAGGGACUACCACACGAAUUAUUUUAUAGAAUGGUUAGCUCGACUUUCGGGAACGCUUUCUGAUCCCGUACACGUAAUUUGUAGACAGCUAACACAUGUCUAGUAGGUAAUGUGGUAUGAUUAUAAUUGAAAGACGUAUACAAUUUUGUGAAUCUGAUAGCCUAAGUUUCAGUUAUAGCUUUAUUACAAGGAACUGUAUUAUUAAUUCUGUGAUUCUUCCGUCGUUCUUAUACAUACACAACUAAGGCUUAAGCUAUGUAGAGCCUUUCAACUUGUCCGUUGUUUAUUUUUCAGCAGUGAUAACUUUUAAGUAAUUUUAGGUAAUCUAUUCUGCUAUACUUCAUUAAAUUGUAUUGGGAAAAUAUCAACAUCAAAUAAAACGUUC